GACAAGGUCAAUGAGGGAUAAAUCAUCACUAUACCUAAAGUUAGGUAGGAAUUCCAAUUGAUGACUUGCGUGGUGUCAUACUUUUAUUCUAUUCUCUAUAUUAACUGAAGGAGUUGUCGGGUAGGAAGAAAAAGGCGGAUAUAAACUGUAACUAAUCGUACCAUUAGCAUCCGAAGUGUACCUGUACGUAUUGUACAAGUCAGGUACCUAAAGUCGCUAACAAUAAGCAUAAACCAAUAAACUACGAGAGUGUGACCCACAUAUUAAAACUCAAAGGCGUAAGGUAGGUGGACGGUCAAAGUCAAAAUUAAAUGGGAAAGCACCUGUACCUUGUUUGCCGGCGAAACGUAUGACCGAAUUGAGCAAUGGAGGGCUUCUAAAAAAUAAUUUCCUAUGCCAUGUACCUUUUGAUAUGUACCAAUCGAAGCUUCAUAUCUUCACGCGACCCUAUCAUUCCUCUUCUGCGCCAUCGCAGCCAUAACUAGGGCGGGUAUUUUGAACGCUAGGGAUGCGAUGAGCGUAGCACGACCAGCACGGUGUCUGCUCUCCAGGCGGCUUGCUGCCGCGGCCAAACCAGCAGCACCGGCAUCGCAAUGCCACGCCCCGUUUCACACCUCCGCGCAGCUCGCUGCCAGGCGGAAACCGAGAUUCAAGAGCAUACGGGCCGAGGAGAUCGGUCUGACCACCCCCGAGAAGAUCGAGGAGUACGGUAACAAGGUGUUCCCCCGCUACAGCCCGGAGGAGCUCGAGGUUCUGAGGAAGAGGUACACGCCCGAACAGAUGGCCGCCCUCGAAGCCGGCGAGGCCGCUAUCGACCCCAAAGACCUGACGAUACAAGGUCGCAUACGAAGGGAUCCUUAUAGGAUACCCUAUCUCGACGACUUCAGCAAGAUCUACCCCAUCGUCGACAAGCGUCCCAAGAUCUACCCGCCGCCCAACCCGAACGCGCGGUUCAUGACGGAGCAGGAGGACGUGGCGGACCUCACGAGGCGGCUCGAGGCCAUGAUACCGAAGGACGUGAACUUCAACGAGCUUCCCGACGACGAGAUAGAGAAGAUCCUAGACCAGCGCAUCGACUUCCCCAUGGAGGAGGCCAAGUACUUCCAGGAACCGGAGACGAUGACGAAGACGAACGGCCCCUCGAACUCGGCGGUCGCGCCGGCGCUGGGCAAGAAGCUGCGCGGGGUCGAGGGCCUGUACAAGCCGCCGAUCGACCCGGAGGACGAGGGCAAGGACGACCAGGGCAUAUACCAGGACCUGAAGCGGCGGUCGGGCCUGAGCGUGCGGCGCAUCCUCGAGAUCAACAGCAAGAUCCUCGUCACGCGCGUCGUCCACAACCAGACCCGUCUCGGAAAGAUCCGCAGCACCUGGAUCUUGGCUAUCGCCGGCAACGGCGACGGCCGCCUCGGCAUCGGCGAGGCCAAGUCCGUCGAGAUGGCCGUCGCCCGCCAGAAGGCGAAGCUCCUCGCCAUCCAGAACAUGCAGCCCGUCCGCAGAUACGAGGACAGGACUAUCUACGGCAAUGUGAAGGCUAAGGUUGGUGCGACUAUAGUUCAAAUAGAAGCCAGACCCCCUGGUUUCGGUCUACGCGCCUCGCACCGUCUCUUCGAGAUCUUCCGCUCGGCCGGCAUCCGCGAUAUCGCGGCCAAGAUGCCGCGGGGUCGAAACCCGAUGAACUCGGUCAAGGCCUGCGUGCAGGCCCUGCAGAACCAGCGGGAUCCCGACGAGAUCGCUACCGGCAUGGGCAGGAAGCUCGUCGAUUUGCGCAAGGUCUACUACGGUGGAAAUGUACACUAAAACUAGAGCAAAUCAUGUAAAGAAGAAGAAAAAAACAAACACAUAUAUCUUGUAGAUAAUGCCUGCCACCCUUUAAAUCAAACAAAAAUGCAGUUUACG